GAAAAGUUGACUGUGAAAAGAGAAAUGAGAAAAAGAGGGGGAAACGUAUGUUUUUACCACAGUUGUCAAGCAGUAAUCAAAAAAAGUUUGAGACAAGACUUAUUUUGACUUAUUUUCGCUGAACAUACUGUAGCGAACAGAAGUCUCGCGAGCUUUUUGUUAAGAACAGCUGUAAAAAAAAAAAAAAAACGUGUUCUGUCAUUGUUUAUCAACAUGGUCUAUACUCUAUUGUACCUUUGACGGCAAAUUACAAUUUGUGUUGUGCGAGAAAAUCAUCAAAACAGUAUCAAUAAUAAUAUCAGAAGCCUUUGAUUAUAUAAGUGACCCCGAAACAAUAUACUGUAUAUAAAUAAAGUAUUUUAAAAAGUCGACCCCACCCCCUAUUUAAAAUUCGCUCUCUUUUCAUAAGUAUUGAUCUUUUGAAAGUUGGGCAAAAGAGUUAUUAAAACACGUUGGAAAUGGCAGGAAACACCAGACGAGAUGUAGUUUAAAGGAUGGGGGUUAAAAGAGAGAGAGGGAGAAAGAAAGAGAGAGGUGCACGGGGAGGAGGAGGGGGGAGACCUGUUACUGCUGUGCCAACUGUGCGCUUUCACUGCGCAAAAGCGCACAGAAAUGUUAUCUGCUCGAAUCAAGAUUUCAUUCUCUUGAUUAUUUUUCUUAUCAAAGCUUUUUUUCCCCCUCAAGACAAAUGCAUUAAUAUUACAUUCAGCAUGUAUUUAGUAUUUACGAAGUCAAUCAGCAUCCUCUUUUGACAUAAGUGGAUCCUGCCUCUCCAAGCGCCUUUUCUACAACUCACCGUUUCUAACAUUUAACGCGAUUUAAAUGUUUUGAGACUAGGGCUGCGAGGAUGUGGACGCUACCGAGGAAGCGGUUCGCGCACUGUAACAACGCAUCGAGCGGCGAUGAGAAAGAAAUCGCCGUAAACAUCGGCGGCGUGCGGCUGGUGCUGUGCGGGGACAUUCUGAACCGCUAUCCGGGCAGCAGGCUCGCCGAACUUGUGAACUGCUCAACUCGGAGUUUUGAUGUAAUUUCUUCGCUCUGUGAUGAUUACGACCCUGGAAAACGAGAAUUCUACUUCGACAGAGAUCCUGACUCGUUUAAAUGCAUCUUAGAAGUGUACUACUUUGGAGAGAUCCAUAUGAAGCGCGGAAUCUGCCCUAUUUGUUUUAUCAGAGAGAUGGAGUUUUGGAAGAUUGACUUGAGCUACUUGGACGAAUGCUGCAAGAGUAACUUGACUGAGAAGGAGGAAGAGUUGGCAGAGAUUGCAGACAAGGUAAAACUGAUCCUGGAUGAUCUGGACUGUGACCCUAACGUGAGCCGCUCUGAAAGGUGGCAGAAGUUCCUCUGGAAGCUCAUGGAGAAACCAGAGUCCUCGCUCCCUGCCCGCGUAAUUGCCGUUGUGUCCUUUCUGUUCAUACUAGUGUCAUCUGUAGUGAUGUGUCUCGGGACCAUACCGGACCUCCAGGUGGAGGAUUCCGAAGGGAACCGCGUUGAGCACCCGACCCUAGAUGCUAUCGAGACGGCGUGCAUCGGCUGGUUCACGGUAGAGUACGUGCUGCGCCUCGCAUCAUCCCCAAACAAGGUGCGCUUCGCGCUGUCCUUCAUGAACAUGGUAGACUUCUUGGCCAUCCUGCCGUUCUACGUGGUGCUGGUUCUCACGUACCUCGGCACGGCAAUGAUGGAGCUGGUUAACGUGCAGCAGGCGGUGCAGGCGCUCCGCAUCAUGCGCAUUGCGCGGAUCUUCAAGCUGGCGCGCCAUUCUUCUGGCCUCCAGACGCUCACGUACGCGCUCAAACGGAGCUUCAAGGAGCUGGGGCUGCUCCUCAUGUACAUGGGAGUGGGCAUCUUUGUGUUCUCAGCACUCGGGUACACCAUGGAGCAGAGCCACCCGGAGACGCUGUUCAGAAGCAUCCCGCAGUCCUUCUGGUGGGCCAUCAUCACCAUGACCACCGUCGGCUAUGGGGACAUCUACCCAAAAACCACCCUUGGUCGGUGCAACGCGGCCAUCAGCUUUCUGUGCGGGGUGAUCGCUAUAGCGUUGCCCAUCCAUCCCAUCAUCAACAAUUUCGUCAUCUAUUACAACAAGCAGAAAGUGCUAGAAACCGCCGCCAAGCACGAGUUGGAACUCAUGGAGCUGCGCGCGCUCGAACUCGCAGUGAAAAGCUCCUCGCGCAGGUGUGACGCGCCCGGGAACGCGUGGGAAGGUGGCAUGCGCGCGUCGCGUAGCGAUACACACAUCCAGCUCCUUUCGCGAGCGCACAGAACUGAGAGGGAGCCCGUGAAGAAGAAAAGUCUGACUUAGGACAAUAGUGAAAGAAACUCGAAAAACACUUUAAGUUUCACGAGAGCUUGUGUUAUUAUGGUCAUUGUGCGCUAUAAACUACUGAGCUCCAAUGUGACCGUCAAACUGCUUAUGGUGUUUUCACUGGACAGCAAAAAUCCGUUGCUCUUCAAAAGUGUUAUUUUGUCUUAUUUAAAUAAAGUGCAUGUCAAACUUCA